AGCCAACCGCUGAGCUGGUGCUCCGGGAGGAGGGAGGAGUGCAGGUGAAGAGGAGCCGGGGCUGAUGACACGAAUGGGAAUCUAGAGGGCGACAAGAAGGGAGAUUAGACGGAGGAUUUGGUGGGGGCGGACUCCUCGUGAUGAAGAAUUAGAAUCUAGCGGAGAAGGACGAGCAGUGUGCAAGGUUCUCUCACGGAGAUGUCUGCACUGAGUAGUACGGAACACAGCCCGGCAGCGGGGGGCAGGGUGUUCUUCCAGACCCCACUGGCACCACACAGCUCCCGGGAAGGGUCGCCGCCGCCGCCGGUGGUUGCUCAGCACAAGCAGCAGCAACAGAAGAAGCAGCAGCAGGGCAAAGUGACUGUGAAAUACGACAGGAAGGAGCUGAGGAAGAGGCUGGUGCUGGAGGAAUGGAUUGUGGAGCAGCUCAGUGAGCUCUAUGGAUGUGAGGAAGAAGAAAUGCCGGAUGUAGAAAUAGACAUAGAUGAUCUUCUAGAUGCAUCCAGUGAAGAAGAACGAGUUAUUAAACUACGGGAAUCAUUAGUAGGAUGCUACAAACCAACAGAGGAAUAUAUUCAGAACCUCAAUUUGAAGCAAUGGGUAAUGACAUUAAUACCCAAUGUUGCUCCAUUUUAAUAAACACAUUUUUUGCACAUAGUUUUGAACUUACAAGACUUUCUGUAUAUAUAAUGCCUUUGUCCUACCAAUGGCCAUCUCUGAAAUGAUUGCACAACAAAAAAUUAAUAUGCACUAUUGCAGAAUUCAAUCAAAUAUGCUUUGGACACCAUAAUAUUAUACCUUAAUUUACCUUUUGAAGUAAUUACUUUAAUUCUAUGCAGGCAUGCCCCACCAAGUUAAUCUAUUAAGAAAAAAACAUGAACAAUCUUUUUAAAGCAACAUGUUGGUAACAAU